AUGGCUCCCAAUUCCGUACUAGAGUGGGCGGUAGGCCGCAAUCUCACAAUCCGGAAGAAACAGCGCAAGCAGCACGGCGUCUUGAAGGUCGAGCUCGUGACUGAUGACGAGACUGAUACCGACACCUUGUCCGUGACGUACCCACGCAUCCGCCGCCUCACCGAAACGUCGGAUGCCCGCAAGUCUAGGGCUAAGAAAGUUAGAUUUGACGCUUCUCCCCGGAAAUCGUCCUUGAAGAAGUCGACUUCCUCGGGCUCCGGCCCAGCUUCAGCAGAGGAGAGUUCGAGUGAUGAUAACGGAGGGUCCCAUGAGGACUCUGACAGUCACACUGAACCUGACUCGAGCGAUGGGGAUGCAGACGAGCCUAGAGGGCCGAAGAGCGAGUUGAAGAAGGCUAAAAAUGCGAACAAGUCGUCGAAGAAGUCGGCGACGAAAGCUAGCAAGGCGGAGGGCGGCAAAAAGGCGAAGGCCCAACAGUCUGAAGACAAAGGCGAAGAGUCGGAAGAUAAGCCGGAGGAUAAGCCCAAAGGGAAGAAGCAGGCCCCGAAGAAGAACCAGAAACAACAGACAGGGAAAAAAAGCAAGGCGAAGGAUGAUGAAGACAAUACGGGAGGAGAUGCGAGCGAGACGACGGAGCCGGACCAGACCGAGGACGACGAGGAAGACAAGGCCGAGGAAGAAUCAUCCUCAAAGAAACCAGAGAAGUCUGGAGCCAAAGCUGAUAAAGAUGCCGGCAAAACCAAAGCCAAGAAGAAGAAGGAUGGUGACUCCAAGGCCAAAGGCACGGAUAAGGAUAGUGGCUCCAAGUCCGAGGCGAACAAAUCACGUCAGUCUGAUGCUGGCUCGUCCAAGGCUAACCCGAAGAAACCAGGCAAGAAUUCAGGGGCUCAUCAAGCUCCUGAACUCGGGCGGCCAAAUCUGAUCAGGCCUGUUCGUUCUCAGCUCCUCCAAGUCGAGGAGGUGGUGGAAACGCCAGACGAUCCUCGCCCGAAUGCGUUUGUGGAUAACGAACAUGGCGUUUGCCGAAUCUAUCAUGGCCCUGCGUAUGGAAACCCCUAUGGUUCACUGUACUCUCCUCGAGCCUGGUCUGGAGUACCCCUUCCAGCCGGUGUCCCACAUCCCCUGGACAACCAUUUCUACCACGGCUUUCACCAACAGGGCUUCCCUGAGAACAGCGGCCUGCCGCCUGCUGCAUCUGGCUUUCACCAUCAUCCAGUGCCAUCACUAGGCUUCACUGUACCGAUGAUGCAACACCCGGAUGCACAUAAGAAAGGAGACACUCCCUCACAAGCUGGUCUAUCGGGCUUGCCACCGGUUCCGCUGUUAAGCCCACGUUCGGUCGCCGCUCGAUUCAACGCCUUGGCACCAAGUCCGUUGUCUUCCAAGGGUAAGGGCAAGAGCAAGGAUGAAGGUUGGCGCACAAACGUCGGUCCGAGAUCUGCCUCGGCUGAGAACGGUUCGCAAGGGAGCCACGGCAAUGGGAGGAACAACAAUGAGGCGGGUAGCAGCCGCAAUUCCAAUAACCAGAACAACGGCAGCGGGUCCGGAUCCGGAUCGCGAGGCAACGGCGGUGGGAACGGCGGGAACGGCGGGUUUUCCACCCCUGCUCGAGAUAACCGAGGAGCCAACGACGGUGAGAAUGGUAGGUGGGAAGCCACGCCAGUCAGCCGCAGCAGCCAAGGCACUACGCACAUAUCGGCGAGGGACAUCGGCGGCAACGGAUGGGGAGGAGGCUGGGAUACUGACAACAACAACAACAACGGCAAUGGGGCCGACGACGGAUGGGGAGGUGGCCAGGACACCACCAACGACAACAACAAUGAGGAGCGGGGCGAAGGCCAGAAUACUAACAACAACAAUGGAGGAAAUGGCGGUUGGGGAGGACCUAACAAUACGUCCCCUCGCGGUGACGGCGGGUUAGGGGGAGGCUGGAGCAUCAAUAACAACCGUGACGAUAGGGGAGGCGGCCAAGAUACCAGUAAGAACAAUGGGGGCGAUGACGGCUGGGGAGGAGGCCAGCAUGCCAACAGCAACUCUGGAGGCAAUGGCGGCUGGGGCAGCUCGCCGCCCGGCGGCAGUCACAGCCGUGCGUCCAGCGCUCAUCACGGAGAUAGCCCGAACGGCGGGAACAAUCAGACUAACAACGUGUCCGGGGCGCUGGACAACAUUCCGAAUAAUAACGCUGGCCCGACCGGCUCGAUCACCCCGAGUGACUCGGCUCGCUCGACUGGCUCCCGGCGGUUUGCUCAGAGGAUGCCGGGGUCGUGGUUGUCCACCCCGGAAAGCAACGCUGGCCCGUCGACAGGCCAGAGGUCAAGCAAUAAUAGCAACCAGGACUGGAGCCCCAACAGCGGCAGCGGGAAUGGCCGGGGCGAUAGCAACAAUGGCGAGAGCAGCCGCAGCAACAACCAAGGGCGAUGGGACUGGGGCGCUUCGAACUCGGACCUUGGCCAGUCUGGUGGGGGAAAUAGCUCCUCGCCGGCCAACCACUCUUGGGGAGGGCCGUCUACCAGCCAGACCACGCCUGUGGACACACGCUGGUAAGUGCGGUGCCUCCUGGCCUCUGGCUUCUUCUGUUGUUACAUGGCCGCGGAAUUGGCAUUUCAGGGGGUUCUGAGAGCAGGAUUGCUGGGCGGGUUCAAGACAUUUUCGGGGCCUACCCAUAUCGUUUUGAUUUUAGGGGGAGAUGACGAGGCAACCCUUCUCUGAUAGUAGGAUUCCUCCGCUCGGGGGUAAAGGUAUUUUCCAGGCCCAACCCCCUGAUACCUGUCGAGCAGGCCCGUCUUAGUGGAAUAUCGCCGUAGAGGGAGGAGACCUAGAUAGUCAGAUCCUCUCAAUAAACCCGAUAUUAUGGAACUAUAGGUG